ACCUGUUACCAAUCGCUACUCUUCACGCGGUAUAGGGGGCGGGAAGGGGAAGCAACUGAAGCCGCACAUGAACGUGUUAUCUUGAGCUAACUUUAUUUUUGAAAUUACAUCAAGAGAAUAAAAUGAACCAGGUGUUGGCGCUGCUCUUGGCGCUGGUGCCGCUGGCAGCCUGCGCCCCGACCGACCCCACCGAGAGGGAACCCUUUCAACUCCAGGACUUUGUCGACUCCAAGUUCAUCGCCAGGUCGUUUAAGGGCACUUGGGUAGCAGAUGAUGAGCUGCGGUUCUACAACCUAACGACGCGCGAAGUCAUCUUCUACAAUGUCAGGACGGAGACGAACAGGACCAUCGUGCCAAGCGGCGUUCUAUCACGGUACAACGAUAGCUCCAUCGACUCGUACUCCAAGGACGGCAAGCUGGUCGCCAUCGCCUACGAGACGGACAAGGUGUACCGCCACUCCACCACUUCCAAGUUCGUCAUCUACGACACGACGGACAACACGUUCUACCCGGUGCACGACGAUCAGCAGCUACGCUCCCUGGUGUGGGCCGGCGACAGGUCCAUCCUCUGGGUGACUAAGGACAACAACAUUUACUACCGUCAGGAUGCCAAGGUGGCGGGCGCCGACGUCGCCAUCACCACGGAUGGCGUGGAUGGCCUCAUCUUCAACGGCGUCCCGGACUGGGUAUACGAAGAGGAGGUGCUUGCCUCUGGAGCUGCCAUGUGGCCAUCACCGGACGGAAAAAAACUGGCCUUCGCAUCUUUUGACGACUCACACGUCAACCACACGUUCUACUUCAAAUACGAUAGCCAGUACCCGACGGUGGUCAAUAUCACCUACCCGAAAGCUGGCACGCCAAACCCGAAUGUUCACCUGAGGGUGGUCGACCUGGAGUCGGUGGCACAGACGAAGAAGGUCACCCUUGUCGAUAUUCCAGCGCCGGAAGCGGUGACAAAGGACCACAUUCUGUACGGCUGCUUCUGGACGGAGAAGCGCCUACUGGCGUCUUGGACAAACCGCGUCCAGAACCUGAACAUCAUCUCGAGCUGCGACACCAAGACCGGCACCUGCACGGAGGCGCUGAGCCAGUCCGAGAGGGCCGGCUGGGUGGACCCUCCGGCGCUGGAGAUGCACUCGUCGGGCCGGCGCGCGGCCGCCAUCCUGCCGAACCAGGACCACAACCACUUGGCCGUCAUCACCUUCCCCGAGGACGACGGGCAGAAGGCCUCCGUCACUUUCCUCACCAGUGGCAACGUGACCGUCCUCGGCGUGCUGGGCUGGGACGAGGACCGCGAUUACCUGUACUACCUGCAGACGGAGCUGCAGGAGCCCGGCCACAGGCAGGUGUUCCGCGUGUCGGCGCCGGGCGGAAGCAGCAACCGGGUGGUGGCCUCGGCGCCCGAGUGCCUAACGUGCAAGCUGCCCGCCGACCCGGACAAGGCCCUCCUCGGCAAGGACUGCACCUACGGCGGCGCGCUCUUCAGCAAGAAGUUCACGUACGGCGUGCUCUCGUGCCUCGGGCCGGACCCCGCCUACUACGCGCUCUACAGCGUGCAGGGCACGCCCGCGGGGAAGCCCGCGCUCAUCCGCAUGUGGGAGGACAACGCCGACCUGCGCGCCCGCCUGGCCACCAGGCUGCGGCCCGACUUCUACGACGACUGGGUGCCCGUGGAGGGCGGCUUCAACGCCCGGGUACGCCUGUACCUGCCGCCCGGUAUGGACAAGAGCGGCGCCACCAAGUACCCACUGCUUGUGUUCGUACACGAUCUACACGGAACGGUACAUGGGCUUGCCCACCGCUGAGGACAACCUGGGCGGCUACAACGGCACGGACGUGACGCGCAACGUCGCCAACUUCGCCAAAAAGAAGUACCUGCUGAUUCACGGCAACGCAGACGACAACGUACACUACCAGCAGUCCAUGGAGCUGUCGCGGGCGCUGGAGAACGCCGUCAUCAUGUUCCAGCAGCAGAGCUACCCGAACGAGGCUCACGCGUUGGCGGGCGUGAAGCGACACGUGUACCACACCAUGGACGACUUCUGGACGCGGGCCUUCAAGCUGCCGACGCCUGAGUGGCAGAACCGGGCUUGAGUAGUUCCUCCCCCUAUUCCCCGCAAUCUCUCUAUCCCCCCUCCCGUCCUCUUUCUGCCACUGCAGAAAAAUAUAUAAGAAAAUGAAGCAAACUCUGCUCUGUGCUUUUUAACGUUUCAACCGUUUCAACGCAUGCACACACGGGGUCUUUUUUGUCAUGUACCGUCACCAGUUUUGGCUGUAAAAUUGGAAACAAUGAAUCUGACUGGGACCGUUGAUAUGAUAAACACCAGUAUAUUUCUGUACAGUGAGCGUCCCCCCCCCCCUUCUUCAUGUUCCCUCUUCAUCCCCUGCAGCCCUUAUUUGCAGAAGCAUGUCAUGAAGCCGAGUCAGUCUCCACGGGCUGCGUCGCGCUCUCUCCCGCGCCAGGGCCCCGGCGGCGGUCCAGCGGAUGCGAUCUGAACGCCACCCGAACGAGUCAACAGAAGCCGGAACCUCACCUCGCACCCCGUAUUUAUCCGUAGCCCCUCUCCUCGCGGGGGCCGGGGGCCGUGCCAAGAGAAAACGAGCUCGAUUUUUCCCCACCCUAUGCGCCGCCGCCGAUCCGGAGAGAGGAAGAAGGGGGUGGAAUUGGGCACUACCCCCCUCUCCCCUCAGCUCUCUCUCUGAUGCAUAACAAAACGCCCGAUUCGCCUGAUGGGUAGGCAAAAAACAAGCCUUCGCCCUUUAGUUUGAGAGGGCAAAAAGCGUGGCUAAGAGUGGUCUGGAUCCACGCUACCGCCUCCCUCUCGCCCCUUCCUUCCCAUGACUUUCCACACUGUGAAGCUAACAUCAACGUAAAUAAUUUAU